ACAGGCUGGUGGAAGCCACUGAAGACCUGGAGCAGAGGCUGUGUCAACGUCACAACAGAGAAUUGGAGCUGUACUGCAACACUGACCAGACUGCUAUAUGUGCUCUGUGUACAGAGGAACAUAGGGGACAUGAUAUAACACAUCAUCAGAUAAAGGAAUUGGACUUCACCAUAAUGACAGCUGUCCCUCCUCCGGGGGCUAUCAAGUUCACCUCAGUGAAGCCAGACUGUGUGCGUGUGUGCUGGGGACCUCCUGAGGGGCUCACUGCACCCCACACUUUCAGGGUGUCAUGGACAGGCGCAGGCAUCAGAGAGCAACAUGACGUGCAAGGGCUGGGCAUUACUGUUCAGGUGCGCAGUCCAGGAGAAGAGUACACCUUUACUGUGGCCACCCUACAAGACAAUAAACAGAGCCCGUGUGUGUCUGCAACGAUGCUCACAGAUGUUCCUCCUCCUGAGAGUGUUAGUGUGAAGAUGGAUCUACCAUCAGUGUUGGUUUCAUGGAGGAAACCAGCAGGAGUCGAUCAGGCCUCUUACAUGGUGACCCUCAGAGCUGGUGGGGAAUGUUUACAAACCCUCUCAAUCAGAUCUCUCCAUCACAGCUUUGAGGAGCUUGAUAUUGGAAGACAGUACAUCACCAGCGUCUCCACAGUGCUUAAUGGAAGGCAGAGCAAUCCUGUUUUGAAACGCAUCCAAACAAAUAUUCCAGUCCCAGAGAAGGUUACUGUGGGCUCAAUAACUCCAACAUCUGCUGAGCUCAGCUGGAGCCUACAGGUGAUGCAGCAGAUUCCACACAGAUUCCUGAUCUCCUACUGGUGUGAAGGGACUGAACCACAGAUCAUCUCUACAGCAAUGUGCUCCAUAACUCUCAAAGAUCUGCAGCCCAAUACCCAGUACACGAUCAGUGUCUGCUGUGAGCUUGAAAAUGGGGAAAAAAGUGAGGCUGCCUCAAGCAGGAUAAAAACAGAUGAUUUUGUUCCAGAGGGGUUGAUUGUGGAUGCCCUAAAUGAAGAGACUUCAAUUGUUCCAGAGGAGUUUGCUGCACAUCUGUACCAUGGUUCUGAUGCCAGAUGGAUGGCUGUAGUUCGCUGGAACCAACCGCAGGGCUUACAACACAUUCCACACAGAUUCCAGAUAUGCUGCUCCAGUAAAGGGAUUGAACAAAAGACGUCUAGAAAAUCCUGCAGCAUAACUCUUCAAGGCCUGCAGUCAAACACUCAUUACAAGAUCUCUGUCUGCUGUGAGCUUCAAGGUGGAAAAAAGAGCAAGAUGGCAAUCACCACUUUCCACACGAGUGAGAGGAGGAUUGUCCUUUUCGGGAAGACGGGAGAUGGCAAAAGCAGCGCUGGAAACAGCAUCCUGGGAGAAGAAGUCUUCACAGUGGGUAGCUGUCAGCAUGGCGUAACAAACCAAUGUAUAUCACAUUCCAAGAUUAUCAAUGGGAGAAAGUACACAGUGAUUGACACUCCUGGAUUCUUUGACCCUGGAAUUCCAGAAGACACACUAAUUACAGAGGUAUCAAAAUGCAUCUUUGCCAGUGCACCAGGUCCUCAUGCAUUUGUUAUAGUGUUAAGAGUAGGAAGACAUACAGAGCAUGAACAGCAAACUAUGAAGAAGAUUACACAUAUAUUUUCAGAUGAUGCAUUUAAGCAUGCAGUAAUUCUUUUCACACAUGGUGAAGAUUUGGAGGGGAAGACUAUUCAAGAGUUUGUCAAUGGUGGACAGGACACUCAGAGAAAGGGAACUACACUAAAGGACAUUGUAGAGAAAUGCCAUAAUAACUAUCAUGUCAUAGACAACAAACAUUGGACUCAGGAAGAAGGGGGGAAAAGCAAGAAAACAGAAGUAGCAAAUCUACUUAACACCAUAGAACAGAUAGUGGAGUACAACCGUGCGGGUGGUGCAGACUACUACACCAAUGAGAUUAUGGUGCUAGUGGAGCUGGCCAUUCAGGAUGAAAUGCACAAAAUUAGACAGACUGAACAAAAUCAGCAACUAACUGACAGUGACAUCAGAGAGAGGGCUAAGAAAAUAGUGGAGAGGAGAAUCAUGUUAAAUAAAUGUGCUGUUACAGUAACGGUGAUGCUCCUCGGAUUUGUAUAUCUACCAGCAAUUCCACCACAAGAAAUCCAUAAAACUAUUAAAAUUGCAUCAGCUACAGCAACAAAUCCUUUUCAGGCAAUUGUGGAUGCAUUGCAAAAAUUACAUGACCGUCUACCAAGCACAUUCUCAGGUUUCGGAGUAUGCUACUCUGCACUGUAUGAGAAAAUGGACUGAUUUGAUUU